AUGCUUCGCAUCAAAUCUGACACAUCAACUCGGGAUCAAAAAUAUGUGGCAUUAAAAUCGGUUACAAUCGUUUCAAAGAUUCGUUCAUUUGGUGCAGAUGUUAGUAUUACACAACUAUUUCGAAAUGAUGAAAAUCAACCAAUUGAAGCUGUAUAUUGUUUUCCAAUUGAAGAAAAUGCUGCAAUUUAUUCAUUUGUAGCAAAAAUUGAUGAUCGAGAAAUUCGUGCUCAAUUGAAAGAAAAAAUUCAAGCACAACAAGAAUAUACACAAGCUUUACAACAAGGUCAUGGUGCUUAUCUUAUGGAACAAGAUGAAAAAUCACAAGAUAUUUUCAUUAUCAAUGUAGGAGCUCUACUUCCUGGAAAAGAAUGUCAAAUUCAAAUUAUGUACGUAACUGAAUUGGAUCUUAUUAGUCAAAAUAAAAUUCGUUUUGUUGUGCCAACAACAAUAGCACCACGAUAUAAUCCGUCAGUUGGUGGUAUUUCAUCUCCUGCUGGUACACAAACAAAAUAUGUUCAAUCAGCAUCGUAUACAAUCGAUUUUCAAUGUCAAAUUGAUAAACUACAUGGAGAAAUAACAAGUGUUGCAUCAUCUUCACAUCCAAUUGCAAUUAAAUUUAAUGAUAAUAAAUAUGAAAUAACAUUUGGUCAAAAGAAUACAUUUAUGGAUCGAGAUAUUAUUCUCGAUAUUGAAUUAUCAACACGAACAAAUACAAUUUUAGCUAUUGAAAAAAAUGAUCAACAUCAAUUGGCUUUAAUGGCAUCAUUUACACCUACGAAUGAAGAUUGUAGAAAAGCAUUUAAUACUACCAAUGAUGUAAAUAAUGAAUUUAUUUUUAUUGUUGACUGUAGUGGUUCAAUGCAAGAUGAAAAUAAAAUUGGUCUUGCUCGUCAAGCAAUGGUUUUAUUUCUCAAAAGUUUACCAGUCAAUUGUCAAUUUAAUAUUAUCCGAUUUGGAUCUGAUUAUAGAACAUUGUUUAAUAAUGUAACUGAAAAAUAUAAUGAACAAAAUGCAAGACAAGCUGAACAAUUGAUUUCACAAAUGUCGGCUGAUCUCGGUGGAACUGAACUAUUGAGACCAUUACAAUGGUUACAAAAUCAGGCACCUGUUACUGGUCAUUCUCGACAAAUAUUACUACUGACUGAUGGAGAAAUAUCUAAUGUUACCGAAGUAAUGAAUCUUUGUCGAUCAAUGUCAACAUCAACAAGAAUCUUUUCAUUUGGUCUUGGUCAUUCACCAAGUCGAUCAUUGAUUAAAGGUCUUGCUCGUUCAACGAACGGUCGAUUUACAUUUAUUUCUCCAGGAACAAGUGUUGAUAUUCAUGUUGCUGAACAACUUCAAAAAGCUCUCGAACCAUGUAUUACUAAUGUUAAAGUUAAAUGGAAUAUUCCAUCAUUAACAUCAUCCAAACUUCAAACUAUUCCAACAAUUAUUCCACCUGUUUAUG